UUUUGUUUAUAACUGUAAACGAGUGUUUGGACUACAUCAGUCUUAAUAAUUUUCUAAUGAAUUAAAUUGUUAAAUUUAUCUGUGCAUAAGGCACAAAUUCGUGUUACCUGGGUUACCAAGUAACUAAAUAAUUUCUAUAAAAAUGAGUAUAGAUCAGAAAAAGAUAAACGAUAAUUCAGAAACAACUAAAGUCAUGGAGCAUAAAGAAAGAAAGAAACGACGUGCAAACGAUCAUAUGGAGGUUGAAGUAAUCGAUGGUAUAGAAGGUAAAACGAAACCACAUACAACUUUAAAAAAGGCUAGAAAUGUACAAGGUGGAGAACAAAGAAAGAUACCAGUGCCUGCACAUAGAUAUACUCCACUGAAAGAAAAUUGGAUGAAAAUAUUUACACCUAUUGUAGAACAUUUACAAUUGCAAAUAAGGUUUAAUUUAAAAACGCGAAAUGUAGAGUUACGCACAGAAUCAGAAACUCCCGACAUUGCUAAUUUACAAAAGGGGGCUGAUUUUGUAAAGGCUUUUAUUUAUGGGUUUGAAAUAGAAGAUGCCUUGGCUUUAUUACGACUAGAUGAUUUAUUUGUAGAAACAUUUGAAAUUCAAGAUGUAAAACCUUUAAAAGGAGAUCAUCUCUCUCGAGCGAUCGGAAGAUUAGCUGGAAAAGGUGGUAGGACUAAGUUUACGAUAGAAAAUGUAACAAAGACUAGAAUUGUUUUAGCAGAUAGUAAAAUUCAUAUACUUGGUUCUUUCCAAAACAUACAAGUUGCACGAAGGGCUAUAUGUAACUUAAUUUUGGGUAGUCCGCCUUCUAAAGUAUAUGGGCAAUUAAGAAAUGUAGCAAGCAAAGUAUCAGAACGAUUAUAAAAUAUAUAAUAUAAAUAAAGUACAGGUUAAUAUCCAAUAAAUUUCUUCUACAGAGUAUGUGAGAAAAGUGUAAGUGGUUUUUAAAAUAAGACUUUUCAAAUCUGUUAUACGUGUUGCGAACAAAAUAUUUGCAUUCAGUUACAAAUAAAUAUAAUUACUUUUCAAAUUGA